AUGGGAUCACUUUUGGCUGAUCAGGGAGAGCCACCUCAGUUCCUACAAGUUUACUUUCUCGCUGACUACAACGAGCAGGUUGAUGUGCGUCUCGGCAUUCUGCCUAGCGAUAUUUCCGUCGGUCCCUGUAGAGACAUUCUGUUCUGUCUACAAGACAUGCUUCACGAAACUAACAGUUACAUCCGAAGCUUAAAGUUUGCUUUGCAAAACAACUCUUCGCCCUCUUUCAGCGUUGUCAUCGAUGCAGACAGACGGCCUCACGGUGAGCAUGAGCGUCGCUUCAAUGCUCCUGCAUGUAAUGAAGUCGCCGCAGUCAUCCACGGUGAGGAGCAUAACAACCGUGACAUUGUCAUAAGGUACCGGGGCGGUAGUCUGCGCCGCAUCAGUGAAACCCACCGUUCAUAUGACUGUCUCCAGUACCCACUUCUUUUUCCAUACGGAAGCGAUGGGUACCACUUCAAAAUCGCAAUAUACCAGGCAAGCAGCGAUUCCAUGUCGACCUCAAAGACGGUCUCCCGUAGGGCUUGCUCCGCCUACAUGUUUAUGGUUAGAGAGAGUGAAUUUAACCAAUUGCACAGGUGCCGUCAACUAUUUCUUCAAUUCGCUGUUGACAUGGCCGCAAAAAUGGAGUCGGAGAGGUUAAACCAAUCCAAACUUAGAACUGACUCCUACAUUCACCUUCGUGAUGGUCUGCGUUCUGAUAGUGACUUACGCAAUCUCGGCAAACCGUGCAUUUCGCCUUCCUCUUACACUGGUGGCCCUCGAUACAUGCAUGAAAAGACGCAAUGA